UAUGAGCAAAGAUUUACAUAUGAUUUUCGUCGAGAAUAAUUGUAUAUUAUCAUCAAGUAAUAAAAUAUAACUUUUUCCCCCAUUUGUUUAUAUUCAUCAAUUAAUUAUUGAGCAAUGAAUUGAUUAUUUGACUGCAUGUAUAACCAAAUUGUAAUUCCACGGUGCAAUUAAAUUAGCUUAUCGCUCGUGUGCUUAUCUUCUUUCAUACAGUAAAUGACACAACGUAUAUUAGAAAGGGUUAGGAAAAUGUUGCCCCAAGUCAUUUUCGUUCUGGGAGGACCUGGAUCAGGAAAGGGUACUCAAUGCCAAAGAAUUGCCAAUGAAUUCGGUUUUGAACAUCUUUCGGCCGGCGAGCUUUUACGUCAAGCUAGAUCUGAUGAACAUACGCCUCACAGGGCCAUUAUUGAUGAUUGUAUUGUUACUGGAAAAAUUGUACCGGUUGCAGUAACAUGCAGUUUACUAGAAGAAGCUAUGAUUAAAUCGGGAAAGUCAAAGUUUCUCAUAGAUGGAUUUCCACGAAAUUAUGAUAACUUAGAAGGGUGGAAUGCCACAAUGGCUGAUAUAAAAUUAUUGUUUGUUUUGUUUUUCGAGUGUUCUGAAGAAACUUGUACCCAAAGAUGUUUAGAGAGAAGUGCUGGCUCUGGCCGAACCGAUGACAACCUUGAAAGUUUGAAAAAAAGAUUUGAAACUCAUAUGAAUCAAACAAUGCCCAUUAUUAAUCAUUAUGAAAAAAUGAACUUAGUGCAUAGAAUUGAUGCUAUGAAUUCUGUAGAUGAAGUGUUUAAUAGAGUCAAACUGUUUACAAAAAAGUUUAGCAGAAAGUGGAGAUUCUUAGAGAUUCAAUUAUUUUAA